AUGGCUGAAAUGCUUGAUAAAAUCAAAUCCACUUUACAAGACGGAAAGACCCAAAUUACCAAAGUAGUUACGGAUGUUAAUAAUGAAAUAACAAAGACCGCGCAGAAUAAUAACAUAAAUUCUCCUUUACCGGCCGAUUUUGCUUCUGAAGUCGCAAAAGCUGCCAAUAUCUUGAAUUGUUUUACUGACCCCGAAAAAAGUGAAGGAGGUCUAGAACAGGUAAUUCCCAAGGAAGUUUUUAAUAAAGCCAUGGGUUUGGCUGUCUUCACCGUGGUUAAAGCUGGUUUCGUGUGGUCUGGACGCGUCGGAUCUGGUUUGGUUGUUGCCAAACUCGAUGAUGGAUCUUGGUCUCGUCCAUCCUGCAUUAGUAUUGGUGGAGUGGGUUUUGGUCCACAAUUUGGUGCUGAUGUUACCGACUUUUUAAUCAUUCUCAACACAAAAGAAGCUGUUAAGGCAUUCUCCCAUGGUGAAAAUGUAACUUUAGGAGGAAGUUUAUCUAUAACCGCUGGUCCUCUUGGUUACGGAGGUGAAGUUGCUGGUUCUGUCUAUGAUGGCGCCGCCCUCUUUUCUUAUAGCAAGUCUAAGGGUCUUUUCGCUGGCACCAUCAUCUUUGAACGCAAGGAUGCGAACCAUAAAUUUUAUGAAAAAGAUAUAUCAGCUGAAGAACUUUUAAGCACAAAAGCUGUAAUGUAUCCACCUGCCACCCACGUGUUGUAUGAAGCCAUUAGAAAAGCUGAAGAAAGACAACCAAAGAAUUAA